ACGGAGUUGAAAAGAUAAGAUGAUAUAAUUCAUCAGAGUGAAUGACAUGAAAUUAGGCAUUAUACAUAAGAUGGUGUUUGAGUGCCCCCUUGUGGUAAAUAAAUUGCAGGAGAAUAUUGUCCCUUUGCGCUUACCGUAGGUUCACAGAGAUCGGUGUGACUGUGAAAGAGAGAGAGCUGAAUGUUAAUGCUGCACUUUCCUGCAUUACAUGUCUUUGUUUUAUCUCAGUUUUAUCUCAGACGGAGAGAAUAAAUCUGAUUGAGUGCAAUGGUGGAUGGCUUCCUUUAUUGUGUCCAAGACCUGAGUUAUUAUGGACGGGUGUGUUGCUGAUGGGACACCCGUUACACUGGUGCCGUGACUCUUUUGGAUUCCCCGAUCAGUUCAACACAGAUCGACCGUGAUUGCUGCGUGUGUCAAGUUCAUCAGCGGAUCAAGCUUUCGUUUCUUCAGACGUGAACAGUAUUUACACAUGCACACACUGUGAUUGGGACGAUACACUAUUUUUCACAACAUAUUUUAUUUUUCACACGUUUUUUUUGAAAACACGACGCAUGGACAUAUGAAAAAUUUGUUUUUUUUACUUUUAGACAAUAUUUGACUACAGUUAUAUUCAAAUAUCUUUGCAAGUAGUGCCAUAUUUAACGCUGUUGCUGUAAUUGUUUAUUUGUGGUCAGUUUUUUCUGUCUAACUGUAAUUUUGACGACGAGAUGGCUGAAAAACACAACUAUUAUAACGAUUUAGACUUAACAUAUAACAUGGGUACUCCUCGGGGUAGAGGUGCAUGGUUAAUUGACAGUUCAGAGGGUGGUGUUUUUAGUGAUGGUAUCAGCCAGAGGGUUGGACAGUCACAGUUCCAAGCUGCCCAUGGCAGGGGUUUAAAUCGAACUGUGAAUAGUACGCCAGUUGGGAGGGUUGCUUGUGAGGGUCCCUACACUUCAACACCUGGAGUGGAUGGAGUAGCCAUUGACCAUCUUACAGACAUGAUAGGCCAAUUGGGUUCACAAAUUGGUGAGUCAAUAGUAGCAAAACUGAUGUCUGCAGGUUUGGGUAAUGUAAAUGCUGAGGGUCAGACCAGCUCAUCCAGCUAUACUCAGACACCAACACACACAGAACAGAGUACACAUACAUUGAUGACACCACAAUUAACAGUACACAUGAAGUCAGAGCACGACACAUUUAGGGGUGAUGGCUCUGAUAAGUAUGGCAUUGAGGAGUGGGUAGACCGGACAAAGUCUUUCCUGAGAAGACAAAUGUGCCCGAUUCAAGAUCAAGCGGAGGAGAUAAUGUGUAGGCUGGCUGGAAAGGCAAAGGACAUUGUUAAAAUCAGUAUACGCAGUGAUGCUACACUUAAUGUCACAGCAAAGCCUGAGCUGAUUUAUAGUAUCCUCAUGAAGUAUUUUAGUGAAGCCCCCUCCUGCCUGCCACUUGCUGAUUUUUAUGCCACCCUCCCAGGACCUAAAGAGAAUCCUGUAGAUUACUGGAUCCGGCUGAACAAAGCAGCUGACCUGGCAAAUGAGGGGCUGUUAAGGCAAGGAAAGCAUUUGGACAACAUCGAAGAGGAGGUAACAAGGAUGUUCAUUAAAUUCUGCCCUGACCCCUGUUUAUCAAACAUGUUUAGAUGCAAGCCCAUUCAAGAAUGGAAUGCAAAAGAAAUACAAUGCAGAAUUGAUGAUUACCAAAGAGAAUUCAGGAGCAGAGGAAAUACUAGUAUAAAUUUACGAAGCCACACGACUACAAUGUUUAGCAGUGGACAUGAUAUGUAUGAUCACUCCAAGACGGAGUCACCUGUUGUUCCAAAGCAAACAUUCUGCUUGUCUACAGAUACUCAAGUUUGCCACCAGCCAGGACCUACACAAAUUUCCUGCCAGUCACAGCAUCAAACCUCUUCCUGCUCGCCUCCUGCUCCAAUGAUGGCUCAAUCCACCCAACCAGCUGAAAAUCAGUUGUUGACUCGCAUGGUUGAGAUGAUGGAGCGGCUCAUGGAUAAAGUGCAAGAACGUGAUGUCUCCAACACCAGACGUGACUCUAGACAGCGGCGCAACUUUGUCAGAACUGCUUGCCGGGUCUGUAAUGACAGUAAACACACCACUGUGACUCAUUGCAUGAUGGACAAACUGUGUUUUGCGUGCUUCUCCCCAGGGCACAAUAAAAACAAGUGCCCAAAACAACCCCCUGUCCAGUCACCACAGGAGGGAAACUAAUAGACCCGUAUUUGGAGGGAGGCAGUGCGGGUCAUCUCCAGUAUUACUCCCAAGUUGCUAAUGAUUUUGAGACUCAAAUUGCUAAUCUUUCAGCCGAAGUGAACUGUGAAAAUUCAAAAAUCAUUUACCAGAAUACAAAUGUUGUUGGUGGACA